ACUGGGUUACAAAACCAUCAUAGCAGGAUGAGGCGAGGCUAAGUGAUCGCAGCAGGGCCGUCGUCUGCUGCGCCAAAGGCGUUCGUUCACACCGGACACAUACAAACCACCCCCCCGGCAGCCCGGCCCCCAGUCAGCUGGCUCUGCAGGCAUGGGGACAGUCGGCUGUUGGCUGAACCUUUUGAAGACAAACUCCCGUGUUACUUUCAGAAUUAGGAAUGGAGUGAUACGAGAUGACGGUCGGCUGUUCCCUGACCGUUGCGGGGAGUCGUGGUGCAAAGGUGGCUCAAGAAGGUGGAUUACAAGAAAUCAGUCCACCCGAGUUCAGGCUGCAGGAGCCAGAUCACGACCAAGAGCUUCCACUAGCAAGAACUCAGCUCAAGUUUCAGAAGAAAUAACAUGUGCAAGUAAACAGUUGCACAGUUUUUCACUGUCAGAACAGCAGUUAGCAACUGCUGCUGCUACUGCCUCAACACAUAAAGUGCCCCCACCACUUGAAAUGCCAAGUGAAAGUGCUGUGGAAUCAAGUUGUGAUAUUAUGCGUGAAAGUGAUAGAGAUUUUGUUAAGUCUUUGUUUCAGGAUAGAGUGACAUUUUACCCAAAUAUUAGUGAUGAAAUAAGAUGGAACCAAGGGCCACUUCACACAUAUGACUCAAGUUUCAUGUUACCAGACACUGUUAGUGAAACCUUAAGAAUAAAUGAAGGAAACUUAAAGGUGAUAAUGGAUAGUGAAUUAAACCAUCCACAUGGCUCACUACUACCUGUUGAAAAUCUUAGUAAUGAAAUUAAAUCAUUGAUUGGUAAUAAGAAAAACAUAUUACAUAAAACUAAGGAUGGUAAUACCAAGACACUGAAAAGUGGAAAGGAAAGUGCUGUGACUACAAAGAAAAGAAAAAAGGGCAUUGUGAAAAAGGUGUCUACUGCUGUAAAUAAAGAGAAAUUGAGUCCAGACACCACUCAGAAAACUGUGCCACCUCUGUCCAGGAAGAAAGUGUUGAAGUCAAAAUCAAAACAUAAAUUGCAUGGUCCAGAAGUGCUACAUAUUUUGGAGGAAAACGUUGAGGCUCAGGAGCCCAGCCAAACUCCUGCCCCCAAGGUUGAGCCAACACCUAAAGCCAAGAAGGGAGUAAAGAAGCAUAAGAAAAAUAAGAAGGAUGAAGAGAAAUAUUUCAAAGAAGUGAGAAGAAGAGGACGGGAAACCAGUUUUAAUCAGUCACUUGCUGCAUACAUCAGUGUGUGUAUCAACCUGGGAAUGCUGAAUCGUGCCACCCACACUCUUCUGUACUACCGUCAGUGUGCUCACCACUCAAACCGGAAAGAUGAGUGCCAGAAAGUCAAUUCUGUCCAAGUCUACAACCUUAUCUUCCAAGGAUAUGCCAACAAAAAAAAUUUCAAGAAGAUGAAAGAACUUUUCAGAUGCCUUAAGGAAGAUGGAAUAGAUCCAGAUGUAACCACCUAUGCAUUGUUGCUGAGCUGCUUGGGUCAGCAAGAAAUGUCCGAAAAUAAUACGCAGAACAUCAGACUAUAUUUAGAAGACAUGAACAAUGAGGGCUUUACAUUAGAGGAUGUGUUCAGCCAAGCUGAGAUUCUUGAGAAUGAUUUGAAGUGCGCACUAAAGGCAGUUACUCAGGUUGAUCCAAAUUUUGAGAUCAAGCAAGUCAAGACAGAAACAGAGUAUUCCUGCAACUUGGUCAAUAAUCUCAAUACAACUAUGUACUCCACCAAGGUGCCUUCUCCAGCUCAUGGGAUUGUGACUCAGGAGAUGCUGAAUAGAUGGAUGAAGGAACAGUUUGCACUGGAGGCCAGUAGCCAGUUAGUCAUCAACAGCAUCGAAAAGAAAGAGGAGUCAAAGAACACUCACCAUUAUAGAAAAAUUCUUGAGGAUUGGGAAGAGAAAUGGAGGAGCGUGCUGCGUCAGACCUUCAUCACUCAGCUGGGAGUGAUGAAAAAAUCAUUUUAUGGUAGUGGCUUGGACAAAAGAAUGUCCAUCUAUCCUUACCUUGUGAGCCUUCCACCUGAGGAGUUCAUCAGUAUAAUGAUGCAGGAAAUUCAGAGACUUGCCCGAGGAUCAGAAAGCUUUUCCUUCACUAAAUACAUGAUGUUCCGUCGCCUUGGGGAGCUGGUGUACAUGCGGUAUGUGGUAAAGUACAAGAAAGAAGUUGGAGUGUUAGACAGACUGAAAGAUGUUUAUAAAGAUUACACUACUUGGUACCUGGACAAUGAAAAAGAAAAUGUUACAUACAUUCCUCGAGUGAGAUGGCAGGAGCUGGCUGACUCACACUGCAGUGGCCCAGCACUGGAGCACAGUCCUGUGGAGUGGCCCAGUACUGUUAUGACAUCCAUUGGCAAAUUUAUGUACUCAGUCAUUCUUCUGAAAGUGAUGCUGUGGAAUCCCCUUCAUGCAGAAAAGCAUGUUUAUCCUGCUAUAUAUGAGGUGGAACGAACUAAAGGAUACCGCACUGUAGAUGAGAUCAAGCCAUCACCAUCUCUGGUAGAGCUGUACCAGAAGGCUGCCAAACCCACCCUCACCUUUGAAUCCAUAGUGUCCCCCAUGGUCUGCCCUCCAUUACCAUGGGUUUCUACAAACUUAGGAGGAUACCUACUGAAUAAUGCCAAAAUUGUAAGGUUACCUUAUAAUGCUUACCAGCAGAAGCAGCGAAUGGAAGAGUGUGGGAACCAACAGCUAUAUCCAAUAAUGGAUUCCCUUAACCAGCUGAGUUCAAUUCCAUGGAGGGUCAACAAACCCAUGCUUGAUAUUAUCACUGAGCUCUUCAACAGUAAUGGAUGCGAAGAACUAGAUAUCCCCCAGCCACCAUCCCAGUGCCCUCAACCACAGAAGAUCCAACCUGGCAUGAGCAGCGUUGAAGUACACAAGAUACGGAAUCAGCGGGUGGACUUUGAACAGAGGAAGAAUGAAAUGCAUUCUCUGUGGUGUGAUGCACUGUACAAACUUUCCUUAGCUCAUCAUUUUCAAGAUCGAAUAUUUUGGUUCCCCCACAACAUGGACUUCCGUGGGAGGGUGUACCCCUGCCCUCCUCAUCUUAAUCAUCUUAGUUCAGAUGUGUUCCGCUCUAUCCUUAAAUUUGCAAAGGGAGAAAAGCUGGGUUCAAAUGGUCUGCAGUGGCUCAAGUUGCAUCUUAUAAAUCUGACGGGAUUUGUAAAGAGAGAGCCUGUUGAGGACCGCAUUAAAUACUGUGAGUCAAUAAUGGAAGACAUCCUGGACUCCGCUGACCAUCCCCUAACAGGCCGCCGCUGGUGGACCAAGAGUGAUGAACCAUGGCAAACACUGGCAGCUUGUAAAGAGCUGGCAGCAGCCCUUCGUAGUGGUAACCCAGAAGAAUAUGUUUCCCAGCUGCCAGUACAUCAAGAUGGCUCAUGCAAUGGACUCCAACAUUAUGCUGCUCUUGGACGAGACAAAAUUGGCGCCAUGUCUGUCAAUUUGGCACCCAGUAAAGCACCACAGGAUGUCUAUUCAGAUGUUGCUGCAUUAGUUGAAGCAGAGAGACAAAAGGAUGCUGCAUCUGGUACUCCAGUAGCCAAGGUACUGGAAGGUCAUGUCAAGCGCAAAGUCAUCAAGCAGACUGUCAUGACAACUGUGUAUGGAGUGACAAGAUAUGGAGCACGACUCCAGAUAGAGAAACAGCUAAAGGCAUUGGAUGGUUUUCCUGCAAGUCAGCGAUGGGCAGCUUCACAUUACUUGGUGCACAAAACAUUUCUUUGCCUUGAAAAAAUGUUCACUUCAACCAAGGAGAUUCAAAACUGGUUUACAGAUUGUGCUAAGAUUGUAUCUGAGACAAGGGGUGAAAAUUUGGAAUACAUCACACCUUUAGGAUUGCCUGUGGUUCAGCCAUAUAGCAAGUUUGUCGGUGACCAAAAUCUCCAUAGGAAAAUUACCAUCAACAUUCUACUUUCUGUUUAUAGGAAGCCAAAUGUAAUGAAACAGAAAAAUGCAUUUCCCCCCAACUUCAUUCAUUCCCUGGACUCAUCCCAUAUGAUGCUGACUUCUCUUCAUUGUCAGCAAGCUGGCAUUACCUUUGUAUCAGUGCAUGACUGCUUCUGGACUCAUGCCUGCUCUGUUAACAUCAUGAACAAGAUUUGCAGGGACCAGUUUGUUGCACUUCAUAAGGAACCAAUUUUGGAAGAUCUUUCCAGAUUUUUGCAGAAAAAGUUUGGACUGUCCAAGGGUGACUUUGCCUAUGAUGGUUCUGCUUUGGAUUCUUCUAAAAUGAAGCUCAACAAUAUUGUAAAGCAAGUUCCAACUAAAGGAGAAUUUGAUAUAGAUAAUGUCAUAAAGAGUGUAUAUUUCUUCUCGUAAUAAAUUAUAUUUGUA